UGCGCAUGCGUGAGAAAAAGUGUCUGAGAACAACACUACGCACUGCGUCUUUGCACAAAAAUUAAUUAAAAUAAGUGUAGGAUUUGAAAGAAAAUGUUGAACGUAAAAAUCGCAGGAACACGUGUAAAAUACGAUUUUAAUAGUGACAUACCGAUACCAGUGCAUGAAUUAAAACAUCGAAUCGAGGAAAAGAUGGGGCUUUUACAUGAUCAAUAUUACAUCAUAUAUAAUGGUCGACUUACACAAAAAGAUGAUAUUUGCUCGAAUGGUUAUGCAAUUAUUGUUCCAAGACUAUUGGGUGGCAAAGGUGGUUUUGGUUCCAUGUUACGGGCGAUAGGUGCACAGAUAGAGAAAACCACGAAUCGCGAGGCUUGCAGAGACCUAAGUGGACGCAGAUUGCGCGAUAUAAACGAGGAAAAAAGGCUAAAGGCUUGGAUCGAGAAACAGACCAAAAGAUAUGAUGAGGCAGCGGAGCGCAAGAAGAAAAAACUUGAGAAACUGUGCGCCGAACCGAGACACGAAUUCAAAGAUCAACGCUAUGAACAGGAGAGAUCAGAGUUACCUGAGAAAGUUGAAGAUGCGGUUGAAGAAGGUUUCAAAGCUGCUACAUCAGGCAUUAAAAGAAAAUUGGAAAAAGAUGAUCAACCAAAUAAACGCAAGACUAUAUUAGAUUUCGAGAUUGAUUCUGAUGAAUUUGAAGAUACCUCAGAUGACAGUGAUGACAGUGAUGGAAAUGACACAUUAGUUACUAAAAAAAGCAAGACGAAGCAACAAACGUCAACUGACAGUGGAAAUUCCAGUGAUGAUACUGGAAAAAUUAGCGAAAGCACCGAGCAAUUGAAAAGCGAAAAAUACGAGUCGUCAAUUGAUAAUGAAAUAAACGAUAAAGUCUCGAGUAAUGAGUCAGUGGAUGCAAAAUGUAAUGUUGAUUCUACGGAGGGACCAUCUGAAGACCAAUAUGUAGAUAGAAAAGAAGCUGCUGUUUAGAAAUAAUAGCUUGAGCUGAUUGUCUUACAGGAUGACUAUUAUAUUCCAUCAAAUUGAAAUCCGUUUUCUGUGAUAAUUGCACUGCUACUAGAAAUAAAUAAAGCAGAUCCAAUAGAGGAUUUCGAUAUAUACAUUAAUAUAUAACAUAAAUUUAAAAAUAAGAAAUUAAGGAAUUAUGUU